AUGGCUUUACUGUCCGUUUUCGGCAACGAAGCGCCACAUCAGUCGACAAUUUCCCGUUGGUUUGGAGAAUUCAAACGUGGACGGGUGAGUCUUAGCGACGAUACCAGGGUGGGUGCACCAAAAACGGCAGUCACCCAGGAAAACGUCGAUGAUGUGCGCAAACUCAUCAUUGAAGAUAGACAUGUGAGAUGUCGCGAGAUUGAGGCGUCCUUGAAAAAAUUAGUUUCUCGUUGGAUACCCCACCUGUUGACUGAAGAGCAGAAAGCAGCCAGGGUUAAUUGGUGUCAAAAAACGCUUGACUGUUUCAACUCCGGAAACUCAAAAAAUGUGUACAGCAUUGUUAGUGGUGAUGAAUCGUGGAUUUACUGUUAUGAACCAGAAAAUAAACGACAGUCAGCUGUUUGGGUGUUCCAAGGUGAAGAAAAGCCAACAAAAAUGGUCCCGAGAUUUGUGUCAAAAGCGGGUCAUAUUGCAACAAUUCCUCUUAAUGAGCACAGAACUGUUACUGCGGAUUGGUAUAUCACCAUUUGUUUGCCAAAACAUUUAACGGAAGAAAACGUGGAAUUAUUGGACCAUACUCCAUAUAGUUCCGAUCUAAGUCGUAACGAUUUCGUUACUUUCCCGAAAAUUAAAAACAGACUGCGUGGUCAAAGGUUCCAGUCACCAGAAGAAGCUGUUGACGCAUUCAAAAAUGCCGUUUUGGAUCUGCCAGCAAACGAGUGGAAUAAGUGCUUCGAAAAUUGGUUCAAGGGCAUGCAGAUGUGUAUUAAUCUUCGUGGAGAAUACUUCGAAAAACAAUAA